AUGGCCAGCCCCCCGAAGCCGUGGGAGCGCGCCGGCGCAACCUCUUCAGCCGCCGUCCCAAGCUCCGGCACCACUACUGCUACCGCGGCAGCACCCUCAUCUUCAGACGCACCAACCCUCCCAGCCAGACCCGACUCUCUAUCCACCGUUGCGACCCGAACAGCCUCCAACUACUCUAAUCCUUACAAUCGCACAAGCCCAUACUCCUCCCCAUACGGCUACGGCGGCGGCAUGUCAUCCUACAGCUCACCCUACAGCCGCUUCGGCGGCGGCUACGGUGGCAUGGGCGGUGGCAUGUACGGCGGAGGCAUGGGCGGGAUGUAUGGAGGCGGGAUGUACGGCGGCAUGGGCGGGAUGGGAGGCAUGGGAGGCAUGUACGGCCAGCAGCCUGGCAUGUACGGACAACAACCCGGCAUGGAGCAACAGAGCUUGACGCAGACAUAUCAGCAGUCGACGCAGGCCACUUUCCAGAUGAUUGAGAGUAUUGUGGGGGCGUUUGGAGGCUUUGCGCAGAUGCUGGAGAGCACGUUCAUGGCGACGCAUAGCUCGUUCUUUGCGAUGGUGAGCGUGGCGGAGCAGUUUGGGAACUUGCGGCAGACGUUGGGAUCUGUGCUGGGCAUUUUCACAGUGAUGCGGUGGAUACGGACGGCUGUGGCGAAAUUGACCGGACGGCCACCCCCAGCGAGCUCAAAGGAACUCACGCCAGCCAACUUCGCGGCUUUCAAUGGGAAGGCUCCAGAUGGCUCCCCCGCACAGCCACGUCCGAGCAGGAAGCCAUUCAUCUUCUUCGUGGUGGCAGUUUUCGGUCUGCCAUAUCUGAUGACCAAGCUCAUCCGAGCGCUCGCCGCGUCGCAAGAGGCAGAGCAAGCGAAACUGGCGAACGCACCGUAUGGCGCUGACGGCCAACCAAGCAAGCCGCUGGACCCACGAGACCUGGAUUUCUGCCGGGUGCUAUACGAUUACACCCCUCAGCAAGAGCAACCAGGCGUGGACAUUCCCGUGAAGACGGGAGAUCUCGUCGCAGUGCUCUCUAAGACGGACCCAAUGGGCAACGCGAGCGAGUGGUGGCAAUGCCGCACCCGAGACGGAAGACUGGGCUACCUCCCGGACAAGUACUUGGAAGUUGUCCGUCGAUCUCCAGCGCAGCUUACCGCGGCCGCAAAGAGCAACGCCACGUCUCCUGCGCACUCGAGAGUCAACACGAUGACCAAUAGUGUCAAGGGUCCGGACAGCAGGGCGAACAGCAUGAGGAUCACAGAGAAGGAAAAGGCGGAGAUAGGGAAGGCGAACAAGGAGCCUUUGGAGAAGAAGAAGGCUAUUGAGGACUUCCAGCGGGGAGGCUUUUACAAUUGA